GAAAAGACAACAUUUUUAGAUCUUGUUAAUGACCUCCUUGGACUCCUUGAUGCUCUCAACAUCCCAAAGUGAAAAAAUGGAUGAAAUAAAGCAUAAAUUCAUAGAAGUGAAUGGGCUAAAACUUCAUGUAGCUGAAAUUGGAAGUGAAUCUUCUACAUCUCUAGUUGUAGUAUUCUUACAUGGGUUCCCUGAAAUAUGGUAUUCUUGGAGGUAUCAAAUGUUGGCCAUUGCCACAUCUGGUUGUUUUAGAGCCAUUGCUUUCGAUUACAGAGGUUAUGGGUUGUCCGGAAAGCCGGGAGUACCUGAAAAAACAACAUUUGUAGGUCUUGUUAAUGACCUCCUUGGACUCCUUGAUGCUCUCAGCAUUCCAAAGGCUUUUCUCGUUGGUAAAGAUUUUGGAGCUUUUGUCACUUCCUUAUUCGUCGUUUUGCAUGAGGAGAGAGUCUCCGGAUUUGUUACCAUGGGGGUACCAUUUAUGCUCCCAGGUCCAUCCGACUACGACAAAUACCUUCCAGAAGGCUUCUAUAUCUCAAGAUGGGCGGAACCAGGGCGAGCUGAGGCCGAUUUUGGUCGAUUUGAUGCUAAAACUGUUGUAAGGAAAAUCUACAUCUCCUUCUCUAGAAGUGAAUUACCAAUAGCCGACGAAAAUCAGGAAAUCCUAGAUUUGGUGGAACCAGGCACUCCUCUGCCCUUUUGGUUAAGUGAAAAAGAUCUAGCAAUCUAUGGAGCUUUAUACGAGAAAUCAGGAUUCCAGACUGCUUUGAAGGUUCCUUAUAGGGCCAUGGGCAAAGAAAUGAAUGUGACAGAACGAAUGGUUAAAGUUCCAGCACUGUUAAUAAUGGGUGAGAAGGAUUACGUCCUCAAAUUUCCAGGAAUGGAAGAAUACAUUAGUAGCGAAAAACUGAAAAGUUUGGCACCAAAUUUGGAGAUAACCUUUAUGCCUGAAGGAACUCAUUUUGUUCAAGAACAAUCGCCUGAUGAGGUUAAUCAACUUCUCCUCAGCUUCCUUCACAGUAAAAGUUAAAUCCUGAAACCUUCAAUGAUGAUUUUUCGGAAGUGCUGAUCUCUAUCUGUUUGGACUGUUAACUGCAGUGGCGUAGCCACGUACAGUGAUGGGUGGUCAGUGAACGCCCUUUGUUGAAAUAUUAUAUUGUGCAUAUAGAAAAUGAUAUAUAUAUCGAGGGUAUUUAAGCGUUCUGAUUAGUGUCAUAUUAUAAUACUUGUGUUUGUGUAUGUGAUGUAUAAGCCUAUGGCCCAUGGUGUAUACUGAAGCAGUAUGUAGUUUGGAAUUCUGGUACAAAAGUUGGAUGUGUGAUGAAUUGGCUUGUUUUACUA